AUGGAGGAAGAAUUAAAUGCAACAUAUUUAACAUUUGGUGGGCAUGUGGAAGUUCACAAAUACAGAUACCUUUAUUUUAUGGUUGUUUUCACCGUAUAUAUUUUAAUAAUCUGCAGUAAUUCUAUUAUUUUGUACCUGAUCUGGAACCACCAAGACCUCCAUGAGCCUAUGUACAUUUUCAUUGCAGCUUUGUUGCUGAACUCUGUUCUUUUCACCACUAAUAUCUACCCAAAGCUGUUGGUCGACUUUUUAUCUGAAAAACAGAUCAUAUCCUAUCAGGCCUGUCUGGUUCAAUACUUUAUGUUUUAUUCUUUAGUUUGUUCAGAGUUCUUACUGUUGGCAGCCAUGGCCUAUGACAGAUAUGUGUCUAUAUGUAAACCUCUGCAUUAUCCAACUAUAAUGACAAAAACAACUAUAAGUAUCUUUCUGGCUUCAUCUUGGCUUUUGCCUGCAUGUCUGAAUGUGGGAAUAACAACACUGAGCUCUAAUCAGCAGCUCUGUAGCUUCACUCUGAAAGUCAUUUUUUGCAAUAACUCAAUUUACAAACUUUUUUGUGUUCCUUCAAGAGCAAUAUCUUUCUAUGGUAUGGUACUUUUCAUAAAUCUUAUUGUUGUUCCUGUGGUCAUCAUAGCUUUCACAUACACCAGGAUACUUGUAAUAUGUUACCACAGCAGUAGAGAAGUCAGGAGAAAAGCUGCACAGACCUGCGUCCCUCACCUGCUGGUUUUGAUGAACUAUUUUAUUUUGAUAGCAUAUGAUGUCAUUACUGCCCGACUGGAAUCUGAUUUUCCAAAAAAUGCACGUUUAAUCAUGACUUUACAAUUAGUUUUGUAUCAUCCUAUUUUUAAUCCAGUUAUAUAUGGACUAAAAAUGAAAGAAAUUUCUAAACACCUUAAGAGGUUGUUUUGUCGAGAUUAA